CCGAUGGCAGCAGGUGCGGGCAGUAGUGUAUCGCGCGGCUUCUGUUAUGGCGGGAUUUCGUCAACAUGAAGUUUUGUCAAACUUUUAAAACUUAAAUCCAUGAACUAAAACUCGUAUUAAAUAACUAGAGCGUAGCAAAAACUGCAUAGCACUGUUAAAAACCGCUGAUAAGUAAAAGUUCACUGGUCAGGAUGUCGGUUAAUUCAAAGUGGCGGUUACCUGACGUUUUUUGUGUUGGUGUGUUGAAUGGAUGUCGGAAUUACGUUUAAUUCGUGGCGCGGGGAUGGGUGAGUAAGUGGUUCAAGGUGUUUUGGGACUACUAUCGAGAUGCCUUUCGUGCAGCGUGCAGUGGAACCUAAGUUUUUAUCGCGCACAAGCUUACGAGACAACGAUGGCAAGCCGAGGGUGUCGGACGAAGAGCUCCAGGCUGUCACCAACUGCACCCUGAGCAAUGCGCUGAGACAACUCGCCUCGCUAGUGCUGCUGGCGGAAGAUAUCUUCAGCGAGUUGACCGCGCAACUUCAAGAUAUUACUGAGCGAUCAAAAGUAGCGCAAACGAAGAUCAUCAAAAUAAACGAGAUAGUUGAACAAUAUGAUCCGAAGAAAGUGCCAGUCCCGGAGGGAAGCCUGUCCGACUUUGCGGCUCGCAAAGUCCAAUACACGGCAAGUCAUCCCCUCAAAAAGGGCCUAUUCACGCCAGAUACAAGACCGUCAAGUAUACGCAAGCUCUAUGAAAAGGCAACAACAGACCGGCUGUCUGCAUCGAUCCUCGAUCAACUGCGAAAGGAUUCUCAACACUCCCCAUACUUACUGUGUACCCCCGUCCUUAGUACUAAGCGAAGACGAGUCUACCAGAAGGUUGAUGUGGAAAUCGAAACCCACAUUCCGUCAGUCGUUGAGCAGCUUCGGAAAUGGACGUCGAAGGAGGCAGUGGGUGACGUGACAGCCCUGCCGGACGCGUCCAUGAGGAUCACGAGCUGCGUCACACUGACUCCCGACGAACUGUCGGAGUGCGGGUCGGGAGACGACGAACCCAUCGACCACAGGCUGCCGAGCCCAGAUGAACAACUUAGGAUCAUUGCUUCCAAAUUUUCCCCGGAGGUAGUAGCUAUCGACACGUCAGGGAAAUUCUUCGACAGAAUGUGCAGCUCCCGGAAAUCUCUCCACAUAGAGAGUACAGCCGGUGAGACGGACACGGUGAAACGAAGGACCCGCACGAGAAAACCUCGGGGUAAAAGACGAAACACCAUUUCGGGCACUGAUCAAAAAGAGCUUAGAGAGGCUAUAGCUGGCGAUACAUCAAAUGCAGCAGCUUCUGAAGAAAUCGAAGAUAGCAAUACAGUCAUCAGGUCGAAGUCUAGUGAUUUACUUAAGAAAAGUCCUAUUGAUCCGGUGACCAAGAAAGGACACUUCAACUCUCUUAAACAAUGGGGCAAAAACAGAUUAAGGUUAAUCGGUAGAUCUCCUAGUGCCAGUAGGGAUAACUUUAAGGAUACGUCAAAAACUGAAAAAGGCAAGGAUUCCAAAUCACCGCCAAGACAGAUAGAGUUGGUUCAAGAUUCAGUAACCAUGCGUAAGAAGCGCCCGGGUGAAGAGGACAGAAGAACACAUCAAAGAUGUGCAUCGUAUUCCUCUUCCGAGAAGAGCAUAGGUGUUCCUGCAACCGUUCAGCCAAACAUUGCGACAAUUAAUACAGGUGUAAAACUACGGGGUACAUCGGUACAAAGGAGACUGAGAAGAUCAGGAACUGCGAAAGAUGAACCGCAUUCGUCAAGUGGUAACUGGUCGGCAAGUUCCGAGUCUGGUUGUACAAGUAUAGGUUCCGAAAUAACUACAACAACUGUACCUCCCAAGAGUACUACUUCAGCCGCAACAUCUAAUAAUUCUCUUAAUGCUCACCACGGACCACCAAGUUCUAUAAUUAGUAGACGAAGGUUCCUUAAUACCUCUGGAUCAGGGAGCGUUACAAGUGAAGGCACUCUAACACCAGAUAUAAUUCAUGAUUUGCAUGAGGAUUUGGAAACAAGUUCAGAAUUCUCGUGUGAUACUGAAGGUUACUAUACAUCAUUCCAUAUGGAUUCUGGCUUGAAGACUUUGAAGGAAGAGGAAAUUACUCCUAGCACUCCAAUGCACACAAGCAACGCCCUCUCAAACUCUUCAAAUAGUCAAACAAUGACAGCGGAGAAUGAAUAUGAACUUUUCGGCAAAGGUUCAACGAGUACAACCACGAGCUCCGCUGGAACAGUUUGUACGACACUUAUGGCUGCGGGAAGUGAUAGAUCUCUGGUAAUCGGACCAACAGUACCGGAGAGAAAGAGUUCGUUAGCUAUGAUGAGCAGAAAUAGAAGUACCAACGCACAUAGUGCUAAUGCUAGUUUAGACAGGAGUAUAAAUACUUCGUUCUCAAAGUCUCCGUUCAGUAGCCUUAGAUAUAACCCAGUAAGAUAUGAUAAGCAAGGGUAUAAUUCUUCACCUGAAAUAAACGAAGCUCCACCUCCAACAAUAACUAUUACGAGAAACGUUGGUAAUCAUAAGGAAAUAACAGCUGUGGCUGAAGUUCAUACAGAGACUGAACUUGAGAGUGCAAAGAAGAGUACAGGUACUAGUUCUCCAGAUUCGGGUCAUAACACGUCUAGUUCACCUAUUGAAGACUCGGUCUCAAGUGCACAUGGAAAAAAUAGCUUAUCUGAACAGGACUAUUCUGAAUCAUCCGAUCUCGAAGGCACAGAAAGAAUAGAGAGGAUACGAUACAAAACAACAAUUAAUAGCUCUAGGAUUCCCUCGAUGUGUGUCAUUACACCAUCCAACUCUGAUGACGAAAGUGAAAUUAGUAAUAAAGAAUCUGAAAUCGUCAUCAAACCCCAAACUGAAUUAUCGAAAGUAGCCAGCCGGCCUAAGUUAGACCUGCCAGUCGAAGAAAAACCUGUUAAAGAAGUGAAAACGCCUACAGAUUCCACGAAGCCAACUAACAAAACAAGUCAAAUAAAAUCUUCAUUACAACCAUUUAACAGCUUAAUGUGCAAAUUAAAAGGAGUUCUCCCUAAUAAACUGUCGAAUAAAAAAUCGCCGGUAUCAAAGGAACCCGAAUUACAUGAAGAUUUUUACGAUACAGGAGAUUACGUUACUAUAGCUGAUGUGAAAAAUAAUAAUCAGAAAUUAAGCCUCAACAGAGGUAUUUAUGGAAACAGUGACGUAGUUAAGAAAAAUUUACAAACUGUUCUCUCUGGAAAGCUGCCUGAAACUGAGUAUGUUUCCCUAAAUGAAUUGCCAAACUGUUUAGGUGGAAGUAAAGAUUAUUUAGAACAUAGCUUAGAGGACAAAUCCUCGCCGGCACUAGACGAUGUGCAAAUAAAGGGCGCAAAAGUUACUCUUGACUCCCAAGGACAAGUUAUUUACUCAUCUGAUACGCUUAAAAGAAGAAAAGGAGCUCACACUACAUUUGAGCCAGGACCUUUUGUUCAAGAAAUCAAGCCAACAACAGCGGUCAUUCAACGUGAAACUGCUGAUGUUGUGCAAGUUAUUGAUGAAACUGAUUUCCCUUAUGAACCACCGCCACCUUCAAGUAAGCCAACUUCGCCACAACUAGGAAAAAUGAUUAUCAAAGCACCGAUCGCUCCUGACGGUCCUAUGACCACAGAAUUCGUUACAUUACCAACACCUAAACCAAGUACAAUUAUUACUGCUACACCUAUUACCGAAACACCUGUACUUAACCAACAACACUCGAAAACUACUAAAAAACCACAAGACAUACCGCGAGUAGUAGAAGCAAUCACUAGGACCGGGGCUUAUGUAAAUAUACACGAUGCGGAGGGUGUCAGCUUAUCUCCGACGAAAGACGAUUUAGCAGACUAUCGACAUUCCUGUGCUGACAAGCCCUACUUGAACAUACCGCCAAGUCUAGUCCAAGACAAGGGACCAACAGUAGAUUUGAAUGCGAUAAAUCCCACCUUAAAUCGAUAUCAUACUGCUCAUUUACGUGGUAAGCAUGGCGUUGUCAACUACGAAAACUCUUCAAACGCAGUUCAAAGAGAGCAACCGAAAUUCUGGACGCUUCCUAAACGAAGCCACUUAGAAUCGAACCCGCCUCCGAGAUCUGCCUCAAACUAUGGCAUGAAAACGGUUACAGCAUCCGACCAAAGGAUACAGAAUUCUGCAAACUCGAAUGACGAAUCCAUAAGAAUAUCGCCGAUCGAUCCUCGGACAUCAGUACCUUUUAAAUCUUCUACACCGUCUAAUAAAGAAAACGUUGUAGACCUAAGUUCAAAAUUACUUUCCCCUGUCAAAUCUACGAUGACUAACGAGGAACUUUAUGCUGUUAUACAUAAAAGCAAGAAGAAACUUAAUAUUAAGGAUACCCCCGAGAGAUCGGAAUCACCUGCGCUGUCUACUAUAAGUUUAUCACCAGUAAGCUCGGAAACUUCGUUAUACACAAAGGGUUCACAGCGGUUCCCAGAAACAGGCUAUUUAGGAGAACCAAGAAACAGAAUGAGCUGGUCGCCUUCAGAAAAACAAAACAUUGUACCUGCUCCUGGUCCUGUGUAUGGCCAGAAACAAGAAACCAACUGCGCUGAUAGAUAUGGACCAAUGUCCCAAACCUCUAGACUCGAUUUCAAAAAACUUUUAUUACAACAUAGUGUUAAAUUAAAUACAUUGCCACAAAAUAAAACUAAUAAACUGUCAGCUGUAGAGCAAUUAAAACUUUCUAGAGAAAAGCCGCAGACCCUGCCUUCGCAAGUUGCGAACAGAUCACAAGUAAAUAUUCUCGAUUUAAGCGGUUCACCUAAAACAUACACGCAUAGAAAAGUCAUCAAGCCAAAUACUCAACCUACUUCACCAGGAAGAACAGGAGCGCUAAUAAAAGAACACAAAAACACGCCCAAAAUUUUACUAUCACCUAAGUCGCAGUGGCGAUUUGCUAGCCCAAGAUCCGAUGUUUUAUCAACACCAAUACCCGAAGCUUAUAACGAAGAUGAAAAUUCUAACAGCUCUGGUGAAAAACACGAAGUUUUACCUGAAACCCCACCUUCGAAAACAGUUCCUAUUGUAACAAAUCAACAUUUUGGAGCUCGGCGAAAUUUAAUACCAGUAAAUGAAAACACUAUAGAAAUUGAAAGAAACUUUCCUCAAUCAAAUGAUCAAGGAGUUUUUCCUCUUAAUACUGAGUUAAUAAGGUCACAAGGUCUAUCAAGGACUGAAAUAAUGCAAGCAAAGAGAGCAGAAUUUUUCAAUACUUGCCCUGAAUCAUCUCCUCCAAAGUUAUCCUCCUUCAAGAGUCCAACUGCGGCUGGCCCGUCACCAACCUCUCGAAGCAAAACAUCUCCAGACCGCGGCAAAGUAUCGCCUACAACACUAGAAACAGCAUUAUGAUAAAGCUUAUACUGAUGUCAAAGCGGUGCUUUAGAAAUUCCAAUCUCAAAGUUUGUUCAUAAGGCAAUGAAAUUCAUAGAAGCUUUAAUCUAGUCUUUUCUUUUGCUUACGGUGCCAUUUUUGCAGGCACUUUUAUUUUCCAUAACCAGUGUUUGACUACUUCGUAAUUCGAGCUCAAAUUAAUAUUUUAAUUUUAAUGCUCUGUGGGGCCAAUUUUAUUUUGUGUAAAUUACAUUUUCUACAAUAGCUGGUUAAAAACUUAGUACGUAAGUAUUUAUUGAGUACAUAUUGAUAGGUACUAUGUUAGUAGCGUUUUGAACUUUUUCAAGUUUUUAAGUUAUUCGGAAUACAAUUUUAAAUAAACGUGUUGAAUUAUGCGA